GAGAGUUAGUUCGUCGCACGAGCUUCCGUCAAACGGAUCCCCAACAAUCGUCGAAUCAAAAGCUCCGAGAGGACCUAGUACUCGUGGAAAUUUAACACUUUCCACUAAUAAAAAAAAACGGCGAGAUAUAAAUAAAUAAUUCCAUCAGCGAGGAUAACGUCGAUUAAAUUGCGAGGUGUGAGGAAAAUUUAGCGCAACUGCUUUCGUCAUCGAGAAUUAAAAAUAGAGACUUAAAUUAUUGAAGACGAAGCCCUAGUUUCGGCCAAACAGGGGGCGUCGCGAGCGCUAAAUAUCGAACGAAAACAAAAGUUGUAUCUUCACGUAAAAAAUACGGAAGACCGGUUUUACCUGUUUUGUAUAUCAACGAGGAGAAAGAUUCAUGAACGAGUCGGUGAAGAAGUGAAGAAGUGAAAAAAAAUAUUAACUCAGAAGGACUGUCAUUCAAGGGGAGAAUCAUCGAUUCGAGUAUGUAGAGAAAGGUCACGAGUGGAAAUAUACGGAAGUAUAAAUUGCACUCCAUUGCAUUUUCCCCCCUCACGGAAAUCGCAAUAACAAUUACCCGGAAUAACCGUUAAUUCCCAUUGACUGAUUAUCAAUCACGCAAACUGGCUCCGGAGGUGAGGAUUAAACAAAUUGGAAUGAGGGAGGACCUCUCGUCCAUAAUACGACACACAAGCAGCGAUCAUUUUUCUGAAGAGCUUUAGCCCAAAAUUGUCAAAGUCUGGAGUCUAUAUUUUUUCAAUUCUUCAGAUCCGCCAUUUAAUGGAUAAAAUUUGAUACUUUACACCAACGGGGGGCAACUGUGAUAAGAGAUAAUUGUUUAUUUUAUGGAGGGAUAUUGUUGUUGAUUACUUGACGGAUAUUUAACGUAAAAACGGAUCUUGACGAUAAAAUUCAUCUCGGGCUUGAGGCCGGAAAGGUUAUGCCCUGGGUUGCUGCUUGUCUUGACCUACUUGUUGGGCCCAUCAUCGGGUACUGCAUUGUCAUCAGGAGGUUGGCCCUGCAAGCUGGAAUUCUCCAGGAAGAGGGAACCGAUAACGUUGCCAAGGGUGAUAUUGGGGGGUUGAAGAUUGACCACAAAAUGGCCCCCUGCGCCGAAGAAAAACGAGAAACUGGAACUGAGUCAACUAUGAGAAAAUCGGGAACAACCAAAUCCCCGAGGAAAUUUUCUGGGGUUGUGAUAGCCACGUCGGGUCUUCCGGCGCGCGGAAAAUCUCACGUCGCUCAGAGUCUGGCUCGACGUCUAAAUUGGAAUGGCGAAUCAGCAAAAGUGAUGCGGGUCAGUGAUUAUCGCCGGAAGAAGCUUGAGCUGUACGGCACACACGAGCUUUUUCGGCCUGAUCACACCGCCAAUUCAGCACUGCGGUCAUUAGCAACACGUGACGCAAUGCAUGAUUGUGCUGCAUGGUUGGCAUCUGGAAAUACAGUUGCUAUUCUGGACGGUUGCCUCGUGAGGAAGGAUCAGCGGGCGGAGGUAUUCGAUUACUUCAACAAUCAAUUGGGAUAUCGCGUAUUGUUCAUCGAGUGCACGUGCAAUGAUGAUGGUGCUCUCGAGCGCAAUUACGCCGAGGUUAUACGCUACAGCGUUGAUUAUGUGGGAAUGGAUCCAGUGGCAGCUGCUGAGGAUCUUAAGCUCAAGGUCGCCCACUAUGUCAUGGCAUAUGAGCCCAUGGAUGAGAAGAACUAUCCGAGAAUCACUAUUGACACUGUUACUAUGGAUAUUCGUGCCCACAAAGUUGCGGGUCAUGUUGAGUCCAGUGUACUUGGAUAUCUUGGUAGUAUUACUACUCAACCACAUACACUCUACUUUUCUCGGCACGGAGAGAGUGAGUACAACGUUCUCGGGAAAAUCGGUGGUGACGCAGUGCUGAGUGCACGUGGUGAGCGUUAUGCUCAGGCGCUGGCCACACGGAUCAAUUCCAUGCACAUACCAGAUCUACGUGUAUUGACGAGUCGUCUACGUCGCACUAUUGCAACAGCCAGGAGCAUCGAAGCCCCUCAGGAGCAUGUUGCCGCACUCAAUGAGCUCGAUGCUGGGGUAUGUGAGGGUCUUUCCUACGAGGAAAUGCAGGAAAACUAUCCACAAGAAUUUGCCUGGCGGGAUCAGGACAAAUUGCGCUAUCGUUACCCCUGGGGCGAGAGCUACGUCGAUAUAAUGCAACGAGUCGAUCCAGUUCUAGCUGAACUCCAACAAUCGAACAAUGUCCUCGUGAUAUCUCACCAAGCUGUCUUGCGUUGCUUAAUCGGCUUCUUUCUCGAUAAAAAACCAGAGGAACUACCUUACAUGGAGGUCCCCCUCCACACGAUCCUUCGCGUCAGCAGUUACGGCUUUGAAUAUCGCCUUGAAUUCAUAAAAUUACCCAUUGAGUGUGUCAACACAACACGCACCAAGCCAAAGAAUUGCAGUGCAAAUCGCACUGCUGACGAUGCAUUGAUCACUGUACCAGCUCACUACGACAUGCCCGAUCCUUGGAGAAACCCUGGCAGUGGUCCAACACUUGUUCAACAACACUGAGGGGAAUUUCACGAGGAGGAGACGUCGCCAUCAACGUCAUCGUCUCCUUCUUCAGUUGCAUCAAAUAAAAUCAUCAAGAAUUCGAGGAAAAUUGUUUGAGAUUUUUCGGGGGAGAUAAAGGGUUGGAAAACACUGGUUUCAGUUGGAAGAUAAUUAUGGGAAAAUGAAUUAAUAAAUUAUCUCUUCGAGCUGUGGAAAUGCUGGCGACACGCCUCAAUAUUUUUUUUUAUAGGAUUAAGGUAUUUAAGGUACUUAUGAUUCGCAGAUAAUAAUUUUACUGUUAAUUUCUUCGUUCGUGCCUAAAUGUCACUGAAUGCAACAGAAUACUGAAAAAAAUCAUUGAGUGAUUAUGGAAUUUAUGGAAAUGACUGAGUGUACUCAGAUUGUGGCGUAUCAAAGGUAGUUGCAUUUUAUACAGGCGUACAAAAAAUCGUAGAAAAAGAUUUUUCUAUGAUAUAUUUUGCACGUGUGAACAUCAUCGAAGUAGAAGCUGUUCGUUGUGCAGCACAAGUGAUAAGUUAAUCCAGAAAAAUGGAAAAUGCCGCUGAGUUAAUUUACGAUAAACAUGUAUUUAAGGGAGGAGUCAUUAGGACUCUGAUCCAACCGCAUAAAAUGCAUAAUAUCGUCGUUUUUAGAUAAAAAAUACAGUUGAGUUGACAUAGCAGAGCAGAAAUAAUGUGAGAAUGAGUGGUGAUACAAUUUUGCGUGAAACAAUUAAACUUUGUCAAUGUGUCUUCAAAAGACGCUCUAAGAGGAUAAAUGAUGUACCUGUAGUCUCAAAUUUCGAUUCAGCGCUUGAAAUUAUUCAUUGAGGGAUUUUCCCAUAAUUUUAAUUCAUUUUCUUUAAAUAUUUUCCUUUUUGAAAGUGUAGAGACGUAUAAGGAUGGUGAAAUUAUUUACAAUCGGGAGGAAAAAUGGUCAGGAUAUUUACAAAUCAGUUGGUGAGACGUUAUGAUUAAGUCGUAGAGAGUAAUUAGAUUACGUGAUGUUUUUUUAUUGUCAUAUAUGAGGUAUAAUAAAGAAUUUUUUUACAUGAA